AUGACUGUCCAUGUGUUCAGCAACAGUCCUUCGCCGGCCUUCGCAACAUUUGGUCUUAGGAAAAUAGUCGAGGGAUUGUCAGAAGAUAUAAGGGAUUUGGUUUGUAACAACUUCUACGUUGAUGAUGGUCUUUUGUCCAGUACAACAGAAGAGAAGGCCAUAAGUUUUGUGCAUUGGACCAAGAAAGAUUUACAAGAUGGUGGAAGCAUUCGACUCCACAAAUUUUCCUCCAACAGUAGGAAAGUAUUAGAUUCAUUCGCCCCAGAUGACCUGGCAAAGAACUUCAAAAACCUUGGCUUUGGAUCAACUACCCUCCCAAUACAACGAAGUUUGGGAUUGUUAUGUCACACAGAAAUGGAUGAAUUUACCUUUAGAGUUAACCCAGUGGAGAAAGCGUACACAAGACGUGGACUGUUAUCUACCAUAAACAGUGUGUAUGACCCAAUUAUUCGAUCAGCCCGUCGUCAUCAGAGGGAAGCUAUUGUUACGCAAAAUGAUGUUCGUAACAACGAAUACAGACUGGGAUGA